UACAAUACGCAGUCAUGCAAGUAGGCCAACCACCAAUUAUAGCAAUAUUUUUACUGCUGCUUGGCCAUUCGGUGGGCCAACUCAGAAGGACGACCAUCAAUCGACAGGUCAAUCAGAACAGGACCCAUGCGAAUGUGAAGGCGGAGAAGAUCGUGCUGGCAGCGAAGUACUUUCUGGUGGACAAGCAAUCCUCGCAAGCCACGCAGGUGUUGACCAACGGAUUCAAUCUGGAGUACACCAUUCGGGUGUGUAUCGGAACACCACCGCAGUGUUUUAAUCUCCAGUUCGAUACUGGAUCAUCCGACUUAUGGGUGCCCAGUGUCAAGUGUCCCAGCACCAACGAGGCGUGUCAGGAGCACAAUAAAUACAACUCCAGUGCGUCGAGUUCCUACGUGGAGGACGGAGGAGAAUUUAGCUUAGAGUACGGCACGGGCAGUUUGCUUGGAGUUCGCUCUAGGGAUACGGUGAAUAUUGACGGUAUGGUAAUCAGGAAUCAAACUUUUGUCGAGGCCGUCGAUGAACCAGGUUCAGCCUUUGUGGACGUCAUUUUUGAUGGCAUAAUUGGAAUGGCAUUUGCAUCUCUCUCGAGCGGAAUAACCACUCCCUUUGACAACAUCAUCCGGCAAGGAUUGGUCCAACGUCCGGUGUUCUCCGUCUACCUCAGGCGCGAUGGAACCUCGCAGUCUGGCGGCGAAGUCAUCUGGGGAGGCAUCGAUCGGAGCAUCUACAGGGGCUGCAUCAACUACGUUCCAGUAUCGCUGCCUGCCUAUUGGCAAUUUACGGUUAAUUCGGUGAAAGUCAGGGACAUCCUGCUCUGCAACGGAUGCCAGGCCAUCGCCGAUACUGGCACCUCGCUCAUCGUCGUUCCCCUGCGAGCCUAUCACGCGAUCAAUCGAGCAUUGAAUGCCACCGAUAAUGGAGAAGGAGAAGCCUUCGUGGACUGCAGCAAUCUAUGCCAACUGCCGAAUUUUAACCUAAAUAUCGGUGGCUUCACCUACACACUUACCCCAAAUAAUUACAUCUACAAGCUGCAGGCGGAUAACAAUCAAACCCUAUGCCUAUCCGGCUUCAGCUACUUGGAGGGAAACUUAUUAUGGAUACUGGGAGACAUUUUCUUGGGAACAGUCUAUACUGUUUUCGAUGUGGGUCAGGAGAGAAUUGGAUUCGCUAAACUAAAGAAGAACUCAACUUAUGGCAUUUAUCGCCCAACUUAUGUUAGAGAUUACUCUUUCUACGGCGAUGAAUACUCUAGAUACUUCACUUGAGUCACUCAUGUUUCAGUUUUCGACCAGUCCACCGACCUAUUUUACACGUCAUCUGUCUUUUGUCAAAACACUUGUAUUAAAAAAGAUGCCUAAAACCAGAAACAAA